AGAUAAAAGCCUUUUACAGUUAUGCCAAAAUUAAUAUAAACAUUUCCUUGUCGACACACAAUUAGCAACAACUUGAGCAAGCCAAUUUCAAAUUGAAUAAAUCAUCGCCAACUUGGUUAUGCUACAUGAAUUGAACUCAAUAAUACACUGUGGAAAAGGAGUCGAAUAUAGAGACAGAUAUAUAUAAAGAUACUGAAGUUAUAUAGACAAGAGGAUAUGGCCAUCAAAGAGGAUGUUGAGAAUUCUGUGCAGGAGGCAGAGAUUAGAGAGCCACUUAUACAGGACAACAAUAAUCUAGCUCAUGGAGAAGAUGGACCAUCUCAGAAAAGCAGCAGUGGGCAUCCCUGGAUGGUUUACUUCAGUACAUUUGUUGCAGUUUGUGGCUCCUACGCAUUUGGAGCCUGUGCAGGUUAUUCAUCACCUACUCAGAGCGCUAUUAGGGAAGAACUCAGUCUAUCUUUAGCAGAGUAUUCAGUCUUUGGUUCCAUAUUGACCUUUGGUGCAAUGAUUGGUGCAAUAACAAGUGGUCCUAUCGCUGAUUUUAUUGGUCGGAAAGGGGCAUUGAGAGUGUCUGCUGCUGUCUGCGUUGCAGGAUGGCUUGCUAUUUACUUUGCUGAGGGGGCUUUAGCUUUGGACAUUGGAAGACUGGCAACAGGAUAUGGAAUGGGUGUCUUUUCCUAUGUGGUACCUGUUUUCAUAGCUGAAAUUUCACCCAAGAAUCUUCGAGGAGCACUGACAACAGUAAAUCAGUUUAUGAUUUGCAUGGGAGUGUCUGUUGCCUUCAUUAUUGGAACAGUACUAUCAUGGAGAGUUUUAGCAUUAACCGGACUUGUCCCAUGUGCUGUUCUGGUUUUGGGUCUCUUUCUCAUUCCUGAGUCUCCUAGAUGGCUGGCAAAGAGAGGGCGGGAAAAAGAUUUUGAGGUUGCACUUCAGAAACUUCGUGGCAAGGAUGUUGAUAUAAUUCAGGAGGCAGCUGAAAUCCAGGAUUAUAUAACAACUCUUGAGCAGCUACCAAAACCCAAGCUCCUGGAAUUGUUUCACAAAAGAUACUUGCGCUCAGUGAUUAUAGGAGUUGGAUUGAUGGUCUGUCAACAAUUUGGGGGAAUCAAUGGAGUCUGCUUUUAUACUGGUGAAAUAUUUGAGACAGCAGGAUUUUCUUCUAGUAUUGGAACUAUAACCUAUGCAAUUUUACAGGUUAUAGUUACUGGAAUGGGAGCAUUCUUCAUAGAUAGAGCUGGAAGAAAGCCCCUAUUAUUGGUUUCUGGAUCAGGAUUGGUCCUAGGCUGUUUACUAGCAGCAAUUGCAUUCUAUAUGAAGGUUAAUGAAAUUGCACUCCAGGCAGUCCCUGCACUCGCUGUUACUGGCAUACUGCUGUACAUAGCAUCAUUUUCAGCAGGAAUGGGUGCAGUUCCUUGGGUUGUGAUGUCUGAGAUAUUCCCGAUCAAUAUUAAAGGACAGGCUGGAAGCCUUGCUACUCUAGUCAACUGGUUUGGUGCAUGGCUAUGUUCCUACACUUUCAACUAUCUUAUGAGCUGGAGCACCUAUGGUACCUUCCUUCUGUAUGCAGCAAUCAAUGCACUGGCUAUAUUGUUUAUGAUCAUGAUUGUACCUGAAACAAAGGGGAGGACUCUGGAACAAAUCCAAGCAGCCAUUAAUAAAUAAAGUUAUUCUUCUUCUUCUUCAUCUUCUAUUUUUUUUUUCUUUUUUUUUUUCUUCGGAGGGCAAUAAGAAUGUUCUAUUAUGUUCCAUCACCCUAUGUUGGUGCAAAUACAAUAAUAAUGGAAAUAAAACAAAAAGAAAUUGAAUAAUAUUUUUGAAUAUUAUUAACGUAAAGAAAGAAAUUACACAACACUAUUUGGACUGA